AUGCAACGACCAGCAUAUUCGAACCCUCCACCAACGCCUCCUCUCCACCAUCCCGUACCACAACACGUAUCAACCGUCCCCCAACUGCGCUCCCCUCCGCCGCCUGUUUCCCAGCAGCAACAGCAACCGCAACAGCAAUAUGGAUACGGACACAAUCCCAGCGGCGGCGGCUCCGGAUACCCCGCCAAUCCCUCUUUCGGGGGCUUCAUGACCGAGCCCACGGCGCAGAUGGGCCUCCAGGUCGGGAAGAGCGCAUUCAAUGCCGGCCAGGAGUAUAUGGAGCAGAACUUCAAUCGCUACGUGAACGUGUCGGCGCUGAAGCAUUAUUUCAACGUGUCGAACUCGUAUGUGGUGACCAAGCUGUACAUUGUGCUGUUCCCGUGGAGACAUCGGCCGUGGUCGAGGCAGCAGCGGAUCAAUCACCAAGGACAGGAUGGAUAUUUCCUGCCGCCCAGAGAAGAUGUCAAUUCGCCAGACAUGUAUAUUCCACUAAUGUCAUUAAUAACAUACGUCCUAUUUUCCACCCUCUUGGCCGGCAUUCGCGGCGCUUUCCAACCCGAACUACUUGGAUCAUUCGCAUUCAAGGCCUCCUUAAUCGUCGUCUUCGAGAUCCUCACCCUCAAGCUCGGCUGCUACCUCCUGAACAUCAGCAACGAGUCGCAACUCUUCGACCUGGUCGCCUACUCGGGGUAUAAGUUCGUCGGGGUCAUCGUCACGCAACUGGUCGCAGAGAUCGCGAACGGAGGCCAAGGUACCGGCGGGUGGAUCGGAUGGGCAGUUUUCGCCUAUACAUUUUCCGCAAACGCCUUCUUUUUGCUCCGAUCCCUCAAAUACGUCCUAUUGCCCGACAAUGUGUCGCAGCCUGGGGGCGCAAAUGCCAGCUAUACGGUCGCACGGGCCCAGCGCAAUCGACGAACCCAGUUCCUGUUCGUCUAUUCGUAUGUCGUUCAGCUCUUGUUCAUGUGGAUUCUCUGCCGGUGA